AAUAGACAACAUGAUUAGCCGAGAAGAUAUUACGAGAUUUAGAGAGAGAGAGAGAGAGAGAGAGAGAGAGAGAGAGAGAGAGAGAGAGAGAGAGAGAGAGAGAGAGAGAGAGAGAGAGAGAGAGAGAGAGAGAGAGAGAGAGAGAGAGAGAGAGAGUGCGUGGAAGGGGGAGCAAGUGCAUUGCGGGGGCGGGGAUCGUACGAUGCAGCAGGACCCGUUGCAGUAGAUCGGCGGGGGGCUGCACCCCCGCG